AUGGAUGGAGGUAGAAACGAUCAAGAAAUUGCAAAUGCUCUCGAGGCUACAACUCAUCUGAUGGCGCAAGCAAAUGUUGCUUUGCAGGAGAAUCGAAACCAAAAUGAUGGAGUUGAUGAGUUUCAUGGACUGGGAAAGUUUUUGAGGAACAAUCCACCUACUUUCAAGGGAAGGUACGAUCCUAAAGGCACUCGGGCUUGGCAUCAGGAGAUUGAGAAGAUUUUCAGAGUUAUGGCUUGCACUGAUGCUCAAAAAGUAUUAUUCGGAACAUAUAUGUUGUCUGAGGAGGUUGAGUAUUGGUGGAAAAAUACCCUCCAGAGGAUGGAAAUUGCUAAUGCAAAAAUUACUUGGGCUAAUUUCAGGAAUGAGUUUAUGGAUAAAUACUUUCCAGUUGAUGUUUAUAGUCGUAAAGAGAUGGUGGUCUUAGAGCUGAAGAAAGGAAAUAUGAUUGUGGCUGACUAUGCGGCUAAGUUUGAGGAGCUGUCAAUAUUUUGA